UUUCUACACUACAUGCUCUAGAUUCUGACUUCUUUCACCUCUCUGAAGGAUGGCACAUCAACAAACCAAUCAACCAAACCUCUACUCAGACAGAUUAGAGAUCGAGGAACUUCUUGAAGCAUUUAGGUGCCAGAAAGAAAUCCUCAAAUCUGAAAUGAACAAAUUAAGGGCAGAACUUCAGCGCAGCCAUGAAUUACAAAUCUCCAUGAAGAGACUCAGAGAAGAGAAUGAAAUCCUUAAAUAUGAAAAUUACGAAUUAAGGUAAGAACAUUUAUAGUUAAUCAUGUUGUAAGAAUAAAUCCAAGUUUUAGCAAGUUUUAGUUAAUAGCUGUGAAGUGUCACAUGGUUCUAUGUUGUUACCUUUAUUAUUUCCAUUGUACAUGCGCCCACUGAGAAAUCAUAUUUAAAAUGUGAUGUUUCUUUUCAUUUUAAUGCUGAUGGCAUCAUAAAAAUAUAUAUACUAUACUCAGAUCAAGUCAAAUCAAAUUUUUUGUAUAGCGCUUUUUACAACUGAUGUCACAAAGCAGCUUUACAGAAAUCUGAUCACAGGACAGAAACACUGAACAAUACAGAAGCUCCAGUGAGUGCCGAGGCAAGGAAGAAACCUCACAUAUAAGGGGGGACCAUCCUACCACUGGUCAGGCAACUUAUAAAUGAAUGUUAAAAAGUCUUUAUAAUAUAAAUCAAUCAGGUGUAUAGCAAAACUAGCAAUGAAAACAGUUAGAGUUCAUGUGAACUUGGAUGUAAUCUGUUGUGGAGAGUGAGUAACUAACUUGAAGCAUGUUGCAAAAACUGUGUGGUAGAGAAGGGCUGACUUCUAGAAACUUCCAUCAGUCUGUGACAGACGAGCCUGAAGGUCCAACAUCCAUCGGUAUCGGCUCCAACAGGUGGGCAGUCAGUAACUCGGAAAAAAGCAGAGAGAUAGAAUAGUUUUGGCUGUAUUUGAAGAUACCAUAGCCACGGAGGCUCCCUGAAACACAGGCAUCCACCCACUCCACCGUCCACAAACCUGAGUGACCGUGUGCAGUGGGCGAACAACAGCACCAGCAUCUCAGUUUACCACAAUUCCCUCAGUCCAUGAACCCCUGGAUCUGCAGCCUUAUCUAAAGGGAAAAACAUUAAUUACCAAAAGCUAAACUAAACAAGUAAGUUUUCAGUCUAGACUUAAAGAUUGAGACUGUGUCUGAGUCCCGAACAUAUUCGGGGAGAUUAUUCCAGAGUUGAGGCGCUUUAUAAGAGAAAGCUCUUCCUCCUGCAGAGCUCCUCUGAAUUUUAGGAACUACUAAGAAACCAGCACCCUGAGAUCUAAGUAAUCGCGGUGGUUCAUAAUAGGAGAUGAGGUCUCGUAAAUACUCAGGAGCGAGCCCGUGUAGGGCUUUAUACGUUAACAGGAGAAUUUUAUAGUCUAUGAGGAAUUUGACUGGAAGCCAGUGCAGUGCUGAUAGUACUGGACUAAUAUGCUCAAAUUUUCUAAUUUUUGUAAGGAGUUUAUUUAGGCUACUGCAGGAAUAUCCUGACAGUAGUGCAUUACAAUAGUCUAGCCUUGAGGUAAACAGAUUUUUCUGCGUCAUGCAGAGAUAAGGCAAUUCUUAAGCCCAAUUUACACUUCUGCAUCAAACCUACGCCGUAGCCUAUCGUAUGUGUCCGCUGGCGCUUAAAACCCUGACGCAUUCUAUUCAAUUCAAUGCAGAGAGUUGUUGCAUGCUGGGGUGGAUCCUGAGUUGUGUUGUGUUAAGAACAGCUCCGCCCUCUAGCGAAAAAGUUCAGCAGAGCUCAACUUUAUUCAAAUGAAUCCGGAGGCCGUGCUGCGUCCAGCCAAUCAGGGAACAGCAGCCUGCACUUCACAUACAGACAAGCCUCACACACACAGGACAGCUGCCUUUUAACCACAAAAGAGAAGCUGUAAAUGGUGGAAUAUGGAUUUACAGAGAUAUAGAAUACAGUGAGGUUUACUAAAAAUGUAAAUUUUAAACUUAUUUUUGUUUACGUCUUUUACUUCAUUUGAAUUAAAAAAAUGUCACGGACACGCCCACACCAGGUGAGCCAAGAGAUCGGGCACAGCGACAUGCAUCGCAGAAAAGUGCCAGUGAUUUUACAGAUGUGUGUUUGACUUGGAGUUCCAUUGUGUCCCCUUUAUUUUUUUGAGCAGUGUAUAUAAGACAUUCUGUUACCAACAGCAGGAUAAGCAGAAGUGUGAUAAUGAUUAAGUUUAGGAGGGAGUGAGUGAACAUUACAGGGCAGAGAUACAGGAGCAAUAGGGGAGUGUAAAUAAAAGAGGGUUAGGAGAAAGAUUUCUAUAGCACUUUAUUUUAUGAUCACUAAAUAGUAUCUAAUAGGUAAAUAGUCAGUAUGUACUACAAUAGUAAUUGUAUGAACAUAAGAACAACAUUUUUAAUGGGAUAAAAAUAAGGAAAUUGCCCUUUAGUGGGAGAGGGGUCCUUUGUAAAGUUAGUUUACUUAGGUUAAGACUUAUAAGUGGCUAAUAAAUUUCCAAUUAACUGACAACAAAAUAAUAUAUUGUAGCACUGAGGUAGGGUGUAUCUGAAUUAGCAAAAAAUGGGUACAUGUUAUUUCUUUGUAUUUUAAAGUUAACUGUAAUUAAUGUUAAUGUUAUUUAAGUGUCUUUACCUGACAUUUUGUUUGGCUGCUGGUAUAGGCAAGCAGAUAACAGGUGUGGGUGCUGUAACUGAGAGGCACGGUAAAUGUUCAAUUCAAUUAGUUAUGACACUAUGUGUCUCUCACAUCUAUGCCCACCACAACACUAUUCCAGUCUUCUUGUCUAAAUCAGUUUUUCAGUCACCUCUCAACUAUUUUGUAAAUAGAAGACCACAGAGAAAACCCUCAGCACCCGGUGAUGUUUAUAAAUCACAGAUUCCAUUGCGUGCAAGAGAUAUGCAACACAGUGCUAAACCUGACUGCUUUGAUAUGCUUAUAAUUGCUAUGCCCUGAACAAGUAUUUAAUAAACACUAGUUAAAUCAGUUGAACAAGUGUGCCUGCUGGUAUUUCUUUUAGAACUGUGCUUCACUACAUUAAAAGAACUCUAAAAAGGCUUGUGCAAUCCAUAAAUAAUUAACAAGUGCAAAUUUUUAUACAAUUUCACAGAGAGCAACUUCAGAAAACCCAACAUGAAUUUCAUAACUUCAGAAAAGGGUAUGGCAUGGAUCACCACAUGUGGAUAUAUAAAAAUAACUUAAUUUGGGGAGAUUGAUCUACGCUCUUUACUCUUCCCACUCACCCUAUAUAAAUCCUCACUUCCUUUCUACCUAGGUGUCGAACGUGUCCCACGUGCGCUUUGCUUCACUGGGACAAGUUGAACUGUGUCAUUCCUCUUUUUUCCUAGACCCCUCACACUUUCCGCUUACUGGAGUGGCUGGCAGUGCUUUAAACACUUGACCUCAUUUAUUUCCUACCUUUUUCUUCCUUGGACCUCCAACUGCCUUUGUCACCGUUGCCAGGAUUAAUUUCUGCCUACAAUUUCGUCUCAAACUGCUACUCGGAUCUCCUCACCCUUUUCCAACCACCACCAAAUUCUCUAAUUAUCAGAGGCAUUAAAAAGCUCUCCCAAUUUGCGGCAGUUUGAGCAUUCUGCAAUACUCAAACCCAUGUUUCUCCUUGCUUUCUCCAGUUUCCUCCAUAACCUGGAAUUCACCACCUUUUCUACCUCCCAUUAACCUGCUUUUCACCCUUGUCUGGCAGAUCUUACCAUCCUAGACAAAACAACACUACGUUAGCUAUAGCUGCACAUUAUCUCUCUGUACUGUUGUUUUUGUCCUGUUAUUUGUUUGUACUGUCCGGGUCAACCUGAGGGGUAUGGAUUCCUAUGACUUGGUUCCUCCAAAAGUUUCUUCUUUCUUCCUCUUAGUAUGAUGAAAUUUUUUCUCGCCACUGUUGGCAUGAGUGUGGUGCUUGCUAAUAAGAGGCUUGGGCCUGUUUCUUUGUAAAGCUGCCUUGUGACAACAUUGUUGUUAAAAGUGCUAGAUAAAUUGAAUUCAAAAUUGAACUGAACACUAACCUUCAAGAUUAAAUGCAGCAAAACUCACCAGCUCGAUACCUCAGCUUUAUCUUCCUUUUUAACUUUCCUCUCCUUUCAGUCCCUAUGAUGAAUGUCUUGCUUCUUUUAACAUUUACACUUUUUUCCAUUGCAGUUUAAGGGCAUGGGAAAUACUAGCAAAGUGGAGUUAUAAUAAUUUUGGGAGACUGAUCCAAGCCCUUUACUCUUCCCACUUGUCCUAUAUAAACCCUCCAUUCCUCUCUACCUGCGUGUCAAAAAACUGUGCACCCACUUCCUCCCCAUCUUCCCCCUUAUUUAUUUUUCUUUUCUUCUCUUCCUGUAUCUCUUCUCAUGGGGGGCUUCAGCUUCACGCUUUCAAGCGAAGCUGCCCUGAACUGAGUUUGCCAUGUAUUUUUACUCUUCUAAGAAUGGGGAAAGAAGUGGACCUUACUUUAGGAAGCAGUGGAGUUUUAUCUGAAGACUUCACAAACCCCUACAAAGAAUCUGAACUGAAGAUCAUGUACGAGAAAUUAAGAAUAAACGAGUGGGCAAACCUUGUGCCAAAAUUAAGGAAAGGAGGCUCAGGAAUGUCUGCAAAAGAUCUCAGGAUUAAGGCGGAGCAAGUGAUCAGGGAUGGUUUACGACAAUCACAAGAGGAUACACAGAAAGUCAUAAAAACUACAGAGGCCCUCGCUCUAGGCAGCCAAGAACGUUCCAGUAAAACUAAGACAGCACAGUACUUUGAAUCAGCUAUUCAGAAUCUUCAAUUGGCAGUCUAUCAUGAAAAGGUGGGGAUCUACAACACUCAGAAGUUGCAGGAUAUUCCUGAGGUUUUGCGCCCAAUGUUUGAAGAUUGCUACAAGAUUGGCUGUUUGAUGGCUUUGCAUAAUCCGCCUGUCCUGCUCAACUUUGACAAUAGCGGACAAGGACCCUUCCCACCCAUUAAGACUGAAUGUUCCUCUACUGAUGAAGAAAUGGCCGACCACAGAGUUUUCAUUGCUGUAGAUUUGGGAAUGGAUUUCUCAGGAUACUGCUUUAAGAUUGCAGAAUCAGAACAGAUUCAGCAGCCUAAGUGGGGUAAAGAGUUUGGUUUUAACACCCCCAAAACUCCUACCUGUAUUUUGUUUGAUGGAGAUCAAAAGUUCUUCAAGUUCGGUUAUGAUGCUAUAAUGACCAAGAAAGACGAGGCAAAGCAGCUCUACCUCUUUGACAACUUCAAAAUGGAGCUGCACAAAAAUAAACUGCACAGAGACGUUAUGCUUACUUCCAAAAAUGGGAAAAAAAUGAGAGCUAUGACAGUGUUCUCUGAGAGCCUGAGGUUUAUGAAAGAUCACGCUCUGGAGACGAUUGGAAAACACACUGCUGGAGUGAAGUACUCAGCUUCUGAUGCUACGUGGAUUUUGACGGUUCCAGCCAUUUGGAGCGCUGCAGCUAAACAGUUCAUGAGAGAAGCAGCUACAGAGGCGGGUCUGGUGACGGAGUCUGAGCCUGACAGACUGAUCAUAGCUCUGGAACAUGAGGCUGCAUCUGUGUGGUGUAAACAGUUGACACACAAACAGUUUAUGGAGGAAGAUCUUACAGAAGCAGAGGCAAUAAUGAAAGUUCCAGGAACUCAGUACAUGGUGGCGGACUGUGGAGGUGUGAACAUCAACAUUACUGUGCAUGAGGUGAUGGAGGGGGGUCAUCUAAAGGAGUUGAACUGGGCAACAAAAACAUUUGUGGAUCCUAAGCCAAUAGACAAACACUUCAAGGAGUGCCUCAGAGAGACAUUUUAUGAGAAAAUGUGUGAUGCGUUGGAAGAAAAACAUCCCAGUGAUCUGCAGAAGUUAAUGUAUGACUAUAAUGGAGAUUUUAAAUUUCUGUCUAAUUUAGAACAGCUAGUCAGGAAAGUUGAAGAGAAAGGAGCCAGCAGUAGGGGAAGUCCUGAAACACAACGCAGAAUCCUUCAGAUAGGAGAUAAGCUAAAAUUACUACAUGACAACAGGAUCAGAAGCAUAGAAAGCCUGAUUAGAGAAAUAUUGACAGGCCGCAAAAUCAGCUACAUGUUUUUAGUUGGAGGCUUUGCUCUGAGUCCGUACGUGUACAGCUUUGUGAAAGAGAAGUUUGAGGGGAGGUGUAAGGUGCUCUGUCCUGCUGAUGCUCAGAUGGCUGUUCUGAAUGGAGCCGUUACAUUUGGGAUGAGGCAGAAUGUGGUGGAAUCACGGAUCAGUCGUUACACUUAUGGAAUUAAAAUUGUGGAGGAGUUUGAUCAGACCAGACACAGGGGUAAGCGCAAAUAUGUGACAAAGGAAGGAAAGGCGUACUGUAAUGAUUGCUUUCACUGUUUUGUAAAGAAGAAUGAAUCUGUCAGUUUUGAUGAAGUCAGUGAGUUCGACUUUAAUCCAGUUGAGAGAGACCAAAAACAUGUGCAGUUUGAUUUGUACUACACUGAGAGCAAAUCUGCUAGGUUUGUAGAUGAGCCAGGCAUGGUAAAGAUUGGGUCUUUAGCAGUCUCAAUGCCAGGGAUCAAAUCAGGCAGUCCUCGAACACUAAAACUUCAGGUGAAGGUUGGUUGCCCUGAGAUGCAGGUGACUUUCAUUGAUGUUAAUACUGGUGAGAUCGGUUCAGUCAAACUGGCCCUCAUGUCCAAAUAAUUACUCUGAUCCAGAAAUGUGCAGCUUUUGCUUUACACAUUGUACUAUGGAUGCACUUCAGAUUAUUUCUAAAAAUCAAAUCUAGCUGAGCAUUAGUUUAUCAUUGUUAAUGAUAAAUCUGACAACAGAACAUUGUAUGUAGGAACGUAAAUGUUUAAGUAAGGAAUGUGUAUUAAAGCAUUGUAAUUGUUUUCUUGAGAAAUGGACC